GCGGUUUGAGGACAGAUGGAUCCAACUGGGUACAUGGAAAACUCCGUCUCCUACAGCGCUAUCGAAGACGUUCAGCUGCUGUCCUGGGAGAACGCCCCGAAGUACUGUUUACAGCUCACAAUUCCUGGAGGAACGGUCUUACUGCAGGCUGCCAACAGCUACCUUCGAGACCAGUGGUUCCAUUCUCUGCAGUGGAAGAAAAAGAUUUACAAAUAUAAGAAAGUCCUGAGUAACCCGAGCCGUUGGGAAGUGGUGUUGAAGGAGAUCCGAACUCUGGUGGACAUGGCCCUGACGUCCCCCCUGCAGGAUGACUCCAUCAACCAAGCCCCACUGGAAAUUGUCUCAAAACUGCUCUCAGAGAACACAAACUUGACUACCCAGGAGCAUGAGAACAUCAUUGUGGCAAUUGCUCCUUUGCUGGAAAACAACCAUCCACCACCAGAUCUCUGUGAAUUCUUUUGCAAGCACUGCAGAGAGCGGCCCCGGUCCAUGGUGGUCAUUGAAGUGUUCACUCCCGUGGUCCAGAGAAUCCUCAAGCAUAACAUGGACUUUGGGAAGUGCCCACGACUGAGGCUGUUUACUCAGGAGUACAUCCUCGCCUUGAACGAGCUCAAUGCGGGGAUGGAAGUGGUGAAGAAGUUCAUUCAGAGCAUGCACGGCCCCACGGGGCACUGCCCCCACCCCCGGGUCCUGCCCAACCUGGUGGCUGUGUGCCUGGCUGCCAUCUACUCCUGCUACGAAGAGUUCAUCAACAGCCGCGACAACUCCCCCAGCCUGAAGGAGAUCCGGAACGGCUGCCAGCAGCCCUGCGACCGGAAGCCCACCUUACCUCUGCGCCUUCUGCACCCCAGCCCAGACCUGGUGUCUCAGGAAGCCACGCUGUCCGAGGCGCGGCUCAAGUCGGUGGUCGUGGCCUCCAGCGAGAUCCACGUGGAGGUGGAGCACACCAGCACUGCCAAGCCGGCGCUCACGGCCAGCGCAGGCAACGACAGCGAGCCCAACCUCAUCGACUGCCUCAUGGUCAGCCCUGCCUGCAGCACCAUGAGCAUUGAGCUGGGCCCCCAGGCCGACCGCACCCUCGGCUGCUACGUGGAAAUCCUCAAGCUGCUGUCUGACUAUGAUGACUGGAGACCGUCCCUGGCCAGCUUGCUUCAACCCAUUCCGUUCCCCAAAGAAGCUCUCGCACAUGAGAAGUUCACCAAGGAACUGAAGUACGUGAUUCAGAGGUUCGCUGAAGACCCAAGACAAGAGGUGCACUCGUGCCUGCUGAGUGUGCGGGCCGGCAAGGACGGCUGGUUCCAGCUCUACAGCCCUGGAGGGGUGGCCUGCGACGACGAUGGGGAGCUGUUCGCCAGCAUGGUGCACAUCCUCAUGGGCUCCUGUUACAAGACCAAAAAAUUCCUGCUCUCCCUGGCGGAAAACAAGCUGGGCCCCUGCAUGCUCCUGGCGCUGAGGGGGAACCAGACCAUGGUGGAGAUCCUGUGCCUGAUGCUGGAAUACAACAUCAUCGACAACAACGACACCCAGCUGCAGAUCAUCUCAACCCUGGAGAGCACGGGUGUGGGCAAGCGCAUGUACGAGCAGCUGUGUGACCGGCAGCGGGAGCUCAAGGAGCUGCAAAGGAAAGGUGGGCCUACUAGGCUAACACUGCCCUCCAAGUCCACAGACGCCGACUUGGCUCGUUUGCUGAGCUCCGGCUCUUUCGGGAACCUGGAGAACCUCAGUCUGGCCUUCACCAACGUAACCAGUGCCUGCGCUGAGCACCUCAUCAAACUGCCUUCUCUCAAGCAGCUCAACCUGUGGUCCACUCAGUUUGGAGACGCCGGCCUGCGGCUCCUGUCGGAACACCUCACCAUGCUCCAGGUGCUGAACCUGUGCGAGACGCCCGUCACCGACGCCGGCCUGCUGGCCCUCAGCUCCAUGAAGAGUCUCUGCAGCUUAAACAUGAACAGCACCAAGCUCUCGGCCGACACCUAUGAAGAUCUGAAGGCCAAGCUUCCCAAUCUGAAGGAGGUGGACGUCCGCUACACAGAAGCCUGGUGAAGCUCCCGGCUCGGCGGGAAGGCAUUUGCAGCUGCAACACACAACUCUUGACUAAUAGCCGUAGGGCGCCGGUCCUGGGGUCCCACCCCCAGCGUCCCGGCUGUGAGAUAGAUGGGGGAGUCUUUCUGGGGGCAGAGGGCGGA